GUCUGGGAAUGUCGAGCUCACCAGGUGGGAAUCCCAGAACCACCCACACCUUCAUACUAGUCGCCCACGUACGCCCGCAAUCACGCCCAUCACACUCGCAAGACGAAAUGAAUCUACAGUGAGAGAACGGAGAGAAGAUUAAGACGUUGUAAUGGAUUCUGAGUGAUAUAAAAAGCCGAGAAGAAGUCUGUUUUCAAAUUUGAGAAGCAAGAAACAUCUUUUUUCAUAGAUUAAACUGUACAUGUAGAAAAGAAGAAACUUGAACUCAGUGGUGUGACAAUUUACCUAACAAACUCACGCAUCAAACAAGCUAGUGUCGCAUUUAAGUGAGGCAAACCACCCUCGAGAACACAUGUCAUAAACCUACCACGUUACUAUGGAGGCAAAACAGAACCUUAACCUCCAUCUAAAUAGGAAACGAGGAACCAUUUUAACGUGAAAAAACUAUUUCCAACGAAAACCAUCCAGCCGCUGAUUUUCGAGAAGAGGAACGCCAAGGACAAAAACAUGUAGGCGGUAUUAGAGGACCGAUACGUGACAGUACCGAGGGGGUUGACUGGUUACCCUGGCUGCGUUAUAACGACCCUCGAUCCUAAGCGGUUCUCAAGGCGUCGUAUACAGACAGCCGCUCCCUAUUCCAAACCCACAAGCAUCUGAAGCAGCACCAUGCUGAGCCAGGCCGUAGACCGCCGGCGGGAUAUAGUGGGGCAGGACCUCCUGACGCCCUUCUAUGCCCCGCCCGACCGAAAGACCUCAGCCCAGAUCAUCCGCGAAGCAAGGAAUGCCAUCACCAUCGGGGACGCUGGGAUGGGCGUGCAGCGGAUGGGCGUGAGAACAGUGCAGACCAAGCGCCCGUUUACGCCCCGGGAGAGAGAGAGGACUCUGUUCAGCAGCAGCGCCGGGACCACGCGGGGGGAGCGGCCUCCGAGCUCCUUCACACUAUCGCCUCUGCAUUUUGACAGCAACGACACAACAGGCCGGGCUUCAGCCUCUGGGCCGCGGUUACAGCCCUUGGCGACUAUUGCUACGAUCAAAACCGAAGAUGGUGAAGGGAAUAAGCUUCCUUCGUUGGUAUCGUCUCGAAGGGUUCAGAGGCACCAGUUCCGAGCGCUGUCCCUCUGCGACUUGCCUGAAGAAGCGGAAGACAACGAUGACGGGGGCAAGAUGCCUCGGCGCUCUUCUGUGCCAAUGCCACAGCGCAGUGCCACCCUAACUACAAUGAGCAGUUUACAGGAAUCUCAAGAAGAAGACGACGGCUCUCACAACUCAAGUCCAAGUCCGGAAUCGAGGCCGGACGAUGUGAAGAAGGUCCGUUUGGCAGCCAACUCCGAAUCCAUCACAAGCACUCCGUUGUUCCAGCAACUCCUGAACAACACUGACCUGGAGGUGAGUGACCUGGAGUCCUCGCUUAGACUAAGGAGGGAAUUUCAGUCUCCUACGACGGCUUCGGCACAGGAAAAUAAGAACAAAGAAGCGGGCAAGACGAAGGAAACGGCGGCAGAGCAGCAGCAAACGGACGACAGCAAAGCCCCGGAACCCAUUAUCAAAAACCACGCCCCUAAGCCCACGCCCAGGCUUCGAAAGUCCGAAUCGGCUCAGAGGAAGAAGAGCGUUUCGAAGCGAGCGGGCGUCGAUAGGGACUGGCGCCAUGCCGUUGAGGGAAGGAGCCAGCAGAACUCGCAGACAGCAGAGGACGCCCAAGCCGAGGAGAAGGACAUGACAGCACAGACUCCUGCCAACCGAGAAGUGGCUGUGGACCAAACCGUUUACUACGAGGAGAAAAUCAACCCUAUUUUGGACGAGAUCAGCAGGGCGGUGGGAUGCGCUGUUGGCGAAGACGUGCUGGCCGAGCUCGUAGGGAAGCUGUACGGCGCUCUGGAGGCCGGGGGGCUGCUGGGGCGACACUUCAGGUACCGGUCUCAGGUCCUCAGGGCCGUCUUCCGCCUCGUCGAUCGCGAACAUGGCGCUCUCCUUGCCAAUAUCGCCAGGGUCAUGCUGGCGCUAAAAGUGUCGGGCAGCAACCUAACCUCAGUGUGCAAGCUAGUGUUCAAAGUGACGCGCCAUGACGCCAACGAUGCUCUCUUCCUUGAGGGCAACUUACUCGACCUGCUCCUCGAGGCCGUGGCUUGUGUCCCGCCCCUGGAGCAGCCCGAAGCUUGUGUUUAUGGCUACGGCGCCCUCAAAUUCCUCACCAUGAAUUCCCAGCUAGUGACGCGACUCUUGAACCGAGGGGUGCUGGAGCUGCUGGUUCUGCACAUGAAGCUUAUCGUCAACCAUCAGCAAGAGAGCGGAAGCGUGCCCGAGCAGACCCACUACGCCUUGGUGCAGCUGACAGGAACCCUUCGUCACGUGAGCAGCUGUGAGAGGACUUUCCCCCUCUUGCUGGUGACGGGGGCGGUGCCGCAGGUGUGCAAUCUGCUGCAGCAUUUCUCCCACGAUGCAGAUGUGACCGCUAAUGUGGUUAGAAUUCUGAGCAUCAUCUCAACCCACGAGGAGUGCUGCGCCGCCGCCGCCGCCCACCCUGGCACUCUCCCGGCGACGGUGAGUGCCCUCCGCCGCCACGCCUCCUCGCCCGCCAUCGUGGUGCGCUUAGCCUACGCCCUCGGGAACAUGAUGGCCAAUUCAGACGACGCGCGCUGGCAGUUGUUCAGCGAAGACGGCUUUACGGAGACACUACUAGAAUUACUAACCGAGUACCUACGGAGGGACCGCCACCACCAGGCCGAAGAAAUGGCUGACCCGCUCACUCCUGCCAGCGGCGCUCCCGAAGACGUCAUGGUCAAGUUGAUCCGUGUCCUGGCCAAUGUCUCCGUUCACGCCCGAGUUGGCCCCGUCCUGGCCAGGUCAAGGACUUGCCUCUCCCUGCUCAUCUCCGUCUUGAGACACAAAGCCGUGGACGAGAGCGAGGAGCUGGUACUGUCUGCUUUGGCCACCCUGAACAACCUGACUUUCUACACUAGGGACCAGCCUGUUUCCGCUCUUCAUACACAACUAGCUGAGUGCUUGUGUGACAUGUUACCAAUGGAUCACGUCGAAGGUCUCGUGGAAACUAUUAGAGUAUUUGGCAAUCUGACCCAUUUCAGAGAGAUAAGGGACAUCGUUACUAAGAGGGCUGACCCGGCGAUGAAAGGAAGCCGCUUCUCGGGCUGUCAUGUGUUGGAGAUCCUUAUUGAGAUGCUGGACUGUGAUUCACGAGAACUGGUAUAUGUCUGUGCUGGUGUGUUAGUCAAUCUAAUGUCAGACGCAUCCAGACGAUCCAUCUUCCAAGAGGAAAAUGGAGUACUAAGGAUGAUAGAUGUACUACAGUACUUUGGAUAUGGAGACUGGCAGCUAUGUAGUCUUGCCUGCCAAGUCCUUUGGAACUUCUGUGCCUCUGCAGCUGAUGUUCAGUCAACACUUGGUGAUAAGGAAACAGAAAAGCUGGUUUUUGUUCUAGAAGAAUUUUUGGAUGAUGAUUCCUACUUCAACAAUCCCGAGGUGUUUGGUGAAUGCGACCCUGAGACAAAGGACGUUGUCUAUCAACUGUGGGAAGAUUUUGCACAAGUCGCAACAAAGCUCCUUGAUCGAAUUGAGGAGAACACUUCAUCAUUACCCAUAGUGUCACCCACUUAGCAUGUAAACUAAAGUGUAUUGCUUUGUCAACUUAUAAAACGUGUGGUUAUUGUUGAUACUUACUUUAUAUAACCUAUAUACAGUGAUAUAAAAAUAAAUAUUAGACAUCCUUCAUAUGUAAAGAUAAUUUUAUUAUGAAUAUUGAUUCAAUAAUUUUCACUUUCUACUUAUACACCUAUGAAGUAUAUACAUCUAUAAUGAUAGUGAAAUUCUUUAUAAUAUAUAUUUUACAUAAUUAUGAAGUUAAAUGAGUUAUGAUGCAACAUAUAUAGAUAUUAUACAUGCAUAUGAAUGAUUAACAAAACUUUUAUUCUCUGAUGUCAAUAAUUUUGUGUAAUGUGUGUAUAUAAAUUACUUUUAAUCAUCUGUGUUAUCGAGGGACAUUGAAAACAGCAUAAGUUAUUAUGAUACUGAUCAUGUAUUUAUUACUCAUACUGUAAAGCUGUAUAUACUAGUACAGAUUUUUUUCAAUGAUUAUAAUUAUAAAACUACAACAAACAAAAGAAUACAAAAUAUAUAUAUAUAUCUAUCUCCUCCUGCAUAAAGCAUCCAACUGUAUGGAUCUCUUUUGUACGUGGAAGUAUCAGUAUAAUGCUGUUACUCUGACAUGAACUCAGUGAUAGGAUAUUCAAAUGAUGAGACUUAUUUAUCUAGUCAUUUUUUGAUGUUUCAGUGCACUUUGUACAUAGUGUGCAUUUUCAGCCUGUGGAACAAAAUGUAUAUAAUAUAUACGUAACCAAAGCUAUUGAAAGUAAAUAAUAAGAAAAUGGUGUAUUUAGUUUUUGAAAAAAUGGGAAAAAUCAUAAAUUGUUUAGUAUAUAAGAAAUCUUAAUAUUACAUACAAGAGUGUAACAUCUGCAUUUCAAGUUCAUUAAUCUCUUUACUGUGAGGAAAUUGCAAAAGCCUCUCUUCGAGAAAAGUCUGACAAACAUUCAUGUUAAUAGUGUAUCAAAAUAUAGGAAACAUUUCAGCAAGCUGUGUAUAGCUGUCAUGAUUGAUUGUGGAAAUUUGAAAAAGAAGCAAAAUAACAUACAAAAUAUAGUCCUACAUUAACCCACUGAUGCCUGGUACAUGUACUGUCCAUUAUGGUUUUGUUUUAUUAAUUUUGGUUACACAUAGAUAACUUCCAAGCUGUCAAUUUAUAGAUGUACUAUAUUUUUGGGGGAAAAAAGGUCUCAAUCCUAAUAUAUUAUUGUUGUUAUUGAUAUUUCUAUUACUAUUAUUGUAAUUAUUAUAGCAAUAAGAGUACUAGUAGCAAUAAAAAUGAACACUUUUGUUUCCAAAAAUUCAAGGAAUAGAGUAAAUAUGUGAGAUCAGUCUUAGGAAAAAAAAAAAAAAAAAAAAGUCAACUAAUGCCUGACUCUAGAGAACUCAGCUAAGUCUCUCUUGAGGAAAGAAACAACAAAGUGGUUCUGAAGGCAGCAAAUCCCAAGUAAACACAGUAAUACAUUAGAAUAAAAGAGAUUUGGCAAAUCGGAAUACUGAGUUCUGGGUGAGUUGCCAGCUUUUCCUUUCCUCAGAUAAGUUGAACUACAGUAACUGGCUCCUUGGUGAUCAAGCAAGCGUGGAGUCAUCUGUGUUUAAACAUAGUUAAUAAACUAAAUUCAUAAUGAAUAGGGUAUGUAUACAUGCCAUCCCAGCAUCAACCAGUUAAAUGCAAGUUAACUUUACUCCUUUUUUGGUACUGUUGAUAUGUUAAUAUACACAAGUUCAUUGUAAGUUGUAGGCUUUGUGAUGACCAUGGCAGCAGAAGAUCCAGUAGCAUAAGAUAUGAACCAAAUAGCUUAGCUUGAGUUUCUGUUAAGCAUACAGAUAACAAAUUUGUUAUAUUUACAGCUGCGAGAUGUGAGAAAGAAUAUAUAUCAGUAAUAUAGAGAAAUGACAGAUACAGCAUCCAUGAGCACAAAUAUAUAUGUCUCUGACAACACAGAAGUCAUAACUCUGAAAAUCCUAACAGUUUUUACCAUAUGUAAUACAAAUUAUAAGAGAACUUCUUUAUAAUGCUACUGACUGCAAUAGAGAAUUAGUCCUUUAUUUCUAUAUGCAUGCAGGACCACAAAGAUACUGUUUCCGAGAUAUUUUUUUGAAUAUACAACCUUCCAUUAAAUAUUCUAAGUGAAUGUUACAGGACGGAUGACUAUGUGCAAACUUAGGCACUAAACUUUUAUUAGCAGGUGUACAUUACACCUCUUUUUAUCUCUUGAAUGUAAAAGAAAAAAUAUCAGAAAUAAUUCCUUGGAGUAUGUACAGUCCCUAGAUUUUGUAAUUUGAAAAGUUGAUCACUGAGUAUAAUAUACAAAAUAUACUAUAAUGUAUAACCUGUUAGAGCAUGUAGAUGUGCCUUAGCUGGAGGAGAAUGAACACUGAUAAAUACAGAAAUAUUAAUUUUAUGAAAUGAGCAUCUUUAACACAAGUGUUUUCCUUCAUUACAUUAUAUCAUUUGCUAUAAGAUAUAUAAUUUGUUUUAUAUUAUGUGUGCUGUUUGUUUCAUUAGCAUUUGCACUCAGCAUUUAAUUGACAUCAUAUGCAUUUUUCUUUAUUAAAUAAAGAUGGAUGCAAAACAAAAAUAUGAGGUCUAUAUGCUUGUACUACACUGAAUAGUAUUUAUAUACAAAUCUGACAAACAACAAAUGCCACAAGAAUAUGUGUAAUAUGUAAAUCUGCUAGUUGGACAGUAAGAUGUGCUAGGGAAAUUAGUUUUGUUAGUAAUGUAAUAAAUGGUGCUUUAGAUGGUUUGAAAUGAUUGUUGUAGUACAUGUCUAGUCAAAAGUCAUUUACAUACCACAGUACAUAAUUUGUUCACUAUUGGCUAGCAGAUUGCUGAAGCUUCCUCUCAGUCAGUGAAAAAAUAUAUUAAGAAAGAAUAAACAGAUAAAUAAAGACUGAGGGACAAGCAAAAACUGUAUCACACAUAUGUGUGUGCAUGUGCGUGUGUGUGUGUGCGUGCGUGUGAAUGUGCGUGCGUGUGCGUGCGUGUGCGUGC